UUAUCAGGCAGUACAUGAAGAGGAUUAUGCCGAGGAAGAAAAUGGACAAGCCGCACCCAGCCUGCGUGAUGAUGGGGGCAGCAGAGCGCUUUUCUGACGCAUGGUCCCGUGAAGUAGCGCAAGGCGGAAGUAGACACAGUCACCCUGCAGCUGCUCACAGAGGACUGAAAAACAAUCCACUACUGAGAAUAUGUCUGCAGGUUGUGUGCGGUGGCUUCUGGGCCACACAGUGAGAGCCGUGUGUGGCGGCGGCGGCAGGCCCGGCUACUGGACACCAGCUCUGAGAUCAGCCAGACUCUGUGAAAGACACGGCAUCGCCUCUUCAUCCUGGAGACGAUCUGCGUUCUCCACUGAGGUUCCUGAAGAAACACCGACUCCAGCAGCGAAGAAGAAGAAGAAGCAGGGUCCUCGCGCCAACGCCUCCAUCAGCAGCGUCGGGCGGAAAAUCCCUCACAAAGAGAUCCAGGUGAUCGAUGAGGAGGGGGAGAAACUGGGGUUGAUGCAUCGCGCCGAUGUGAUCAGAAUCCUGAACGAGAAGAAUCUGAAGCUGGUGCUGGUGAGGGAAAACGAAGAGCCACCGCUGUACCAGCUGAUGAGCGGGAAACAGAUCCACGAGGAGCAGCUGAGACUUCGAGAGAAAAAUAAGGCGAAAGCAGGUCCCGUCCAGGUGAAGGAGCUCAACAUCUCAGUCGGCAUCGCGUCCCACGAUCUGUCCACGAAGCUGAAACAGGUGGAGAUCUGGCUGGAGAAGAAACAUCACGUCAGGCUGACGCUGCGGGGAAAACGCAACCAGCAGAGUGAUAACCUGGACAAAACUCUGGAGGAAAUGGUGGAGCAAAUGACCAUGAUGACGGCCUUCGUCUCCAAGCCAAAGGUCACGCGAGAAGGUCAGGCGGCCAUGUGCGUUCUCCGACCGCCGUCCGCCAAGGAGCUGGCGCAGAAAGCAAAGACCAGAGCUGAGGAGCUGCAACCUGAUGCCAGUAAAACGCUUCCUGUUAGCAACACGGACACAAAGGAGGAAGUCGUGCAGCAGUGAUGGGAGAGACGCUUUCACACGAACAAAACGGUGCCUGAAUGUUACAGCAGCUUCACAGCGUUUAAGGUCAUAUUUAUCAACGGAGGCAGCUGGGUUCUCAUGUUGGGAGGUCAGCGAGUCUUAAAAUGACAGAAAAAUACUGGACUCAAGCAGAACAAACAUGAAACGUUCACACAAGUCACAUUAAGAAAGAUGCCAGACCCACAAACCAGCUGACAAGAUGACCUCACAGUAAGAUAAAUCCACUACACACACAUGCAAAAUAACUAGAAAUAGACUCAAAAUGACCUGAGAGUGGCUGAACUGAAUCAUGUUUCAGUAAACAGAGGCAGUAAGACGCUGCUGUAAGAUGAGAUGAGGAUUACAGAGACGUGCAAGGACAAGAAGGGAGAGAAUGAAGCAGCAACGUCGACACUCUGGCAGAAUAAAAGCUGUAAAAGAGUUGAUGGUGAUGAUGAUGAUGCUUUUUGAGAGAACAUAUUCCUGUAACCUAAUAGCCUUGGGUGUGAGCACAUGGGUAUUUGGGUGAAAAAGCUCCAGGUUACUCAUGGAUCUUCAUUUUUUCUAAUUGUGAUUGGCUUUUAAAUGCUGGUUUUAGUUUUCCAAACUAUGUGGGAAUAAAUGAAAUGAUUGCUAAAGGUUGAAGAUGUAAAGAAUGAGCAACGCCAUCAUCAGUGUGAAUCUUUCUCUUUAUUUUAAGAUCGGUUUUGGUAAAAAAUAAAAGCAAAUUUGGCUUACAGAUACA